AGCGUCAAACCCGCUGGCCUGAGGGCCUUGUCGGCUUCAAUGUAUCGGCAGUCGUCAGCUGGUAGUCUUACAGACAAUAGUUGAGACAAGACGGAGAUGAUGCGGGUAGUGGGCUCUCCAGAUGCAAUGACCCAAUCAGGUAACAGCCGCAGCAGGACUGCCAUCGACCUCAGCAGAGCGGCCGGCCGGCCAGCAGCACAGGGGAGCAGUCCAUCAACAGACCGUCGGCGCCUGUUCCUCAGGCUGCAGAGAAUGAAGCCAGCCGUGAGGUAUGCGGCAGGCAACCACCCCCCCUCUUACCACUCUCUCGGACCCCGCCCAUCGCACCGACCUGUACUCCCGCAUCCGCCUCGGCAUGUCCGACCUGCAGCUCCGGCACAGAAUGACCCCUCUAGGCAGCGCGUCAUGGCGGCCCACCCUCCGGCCGCCCCUGGCGCCCCUGCGGCAGGUGUGCCUGCAGCUGCACAGCACUCGAGCCCUAGGACGAGUAUAUUGAGGGUGGAGGACGCCAUGGUCAUGGAGGAGAUUCGUUCCCAGCAAGGGAAGAGGGGCCGCGAGGACGAGGCGACCACCAAUGUGGAGGAGCCACAGAGUGACGGGGCGAGCUCUUCCCGCUCGGCGGCCGCUUCUCCUGCCACGGCUGCCUCCCAGUCUCAGCCGUGCCCUCCUGAUGGGCCGCCCUUUGGCGCACAGACGGCACGCGAGCAUGCCGGCGGCCCGCCCAGUGUCUAUGUGGACCCCUUCCAGCCCGUCUCCAUGCCACCAGCCAGGACGCCGGACGCCUCCCCGCGGCGAGCCAACAUGCGCAACAUGCUGCCGCAGCUGCAGCUGCCCUUCGCUGGCCGGCGCAUCCAGAACGGCCCAGCGCCUUUCUUGUUCGGGAGUCGGCAGGGGCAGGGGCAGGGGCGUGAGGCGCGGGGGUUUCUGUGGAGCCGUGCGCCACAGCGACCGGUGCCGGCGGGGUUCCACUCGCCGGAGCGGCCAUGUGUGCCUGCUAUAGUGGAGUCCCUGCCGGCAUCCCCUGUGCGGCCGAUGGGAGUGCCAACCACCCACGAUGGAGACGAGUUUGUCCCUUCGCCACCGCCGCCGAGUCGGCCUCCAUGUCCGCCCAUGGUGCCACCUCUGGUCUUCCCCCACACCCAGACCCCGACUCAGGAGUUGAACCACCAUCUGCCGCCGGCGCCCCGUCCCCCUCUCCCCCCUCCCGCUCUGGUCGGCUCGUCUGCCUCCCUCCCUCCCCGACCUGCACCAGUGCCCUUUCCCGUAGGGCCAGCCGCCGCCGCCGCUGCUGCUGCUGCUGCUGCCAGUGAGAGCGUGGAGGAGCGGCCCACUCACUCUCGGCAGAGCUCCAGUGACAAGACGGUCAUCCACCACAUGCAUCGCGACCCCAGUCGGGGGUCAGGGAUCGCCAGUGCGUCUCCGUCACUGCUGCCCACGGAGUGGCUCAACUCCCUCCGUGCUGCGGGUGAGGCGGAGGCCCAGCACCAGCUGCACAAAGACGUCAUCGCUCUCCCACCGCCAUUCCUCCCCGGAGCGGUGGCCACGCCACCCAGCGAGUCCGCCACUGGGGACACAUCCGUCGGGGCAUCCGAGGCACCAGCAGUAGCAGUGGCAGCAGUGGCCGCGGCGGCAGCGGCCGCCAACAGCUCCCCAUCGCUGGUAGAGACGCCUGAAGAUACCCUGUGUGCCACUGACACGGCGCCAGUGAGCUCGCGAGUGGGUGGGGCGACUGACAGGGGGGAGGGCGGAAUGGAUGGAGAGGAGGCUGGUUGUCGGACGCCGCCAGUCGCUGCGUUGGGUGCGAGGGUGGCUAGGCUGGAGGGCCUGUCGGGCAGUCCGUCGCGCAGCGAGGGCGGUGCUCUCACGGCGCGGGCCAGGGUGGGUGGUGAUAGUGCUUCUAGUGGUGCUGCCAGUGGUGCUGUUGUGGCGGAUAGCGACCUGGAGGACAUACCACUCAACGGUGGGCAAGGCGGAGAGCCAGAUGGGAGCACACAGGGACAUCCAUCUGUCUGUCUCGCUCUCUAUCUCAGACGAUUCGUCGGAGCGUGGUGGUGGCCGUCUUCGCCUCAACUCGUGCGACUCACCCGUGGUGUCCUCCAGCCCCACUCACAGGUGCUCAGGGCCGCUCGCCGACCUAGUCUGGAAGCCGCUGCAGAACUUAGUGGGCCCCAACACGCCUUGCCCAGCCGCCCCACGGAGUGCGAGGGCCGGCAGCGCCCCUAAACCAGGGAUGGUGGUAGUGAAGGGCAGGGGAGGCGGUGGUGGUCAGCGAUACACCAACUACGGCCCUCUGUCGAGUGAGAGAAAGGGCAGGCAGACAGGCAUACAGGCAGGCAGGGAUGCUUCCGUCUGUCUGGUGUGAUUGUGUGAUUGAUUCGUUGUGUGGUUGGUGUGGUGUGUGUGCACUGCAGAGGAGACGCACGAGGCGUUCAUAAGUCGGGACAUCAAGUACCUGCACAAGUUGUUGUGUGAGCAGAAGCAGACCAUCGGCAGGCUGAGGCAGCACCGGGACAGAUACAAAGAGGAACUCGACGAAACCGUCAAGGUGAGAUGGAUCGAGAACACACAGCAUCCAGAGCUGGCUGGCCAGUGCGCAUGGCUCAUCCAUUUCCUGUGUGCUGUGGUCUCAGAGCAAGCAGCUGCUCUACUCUGACAUGAUAGAGAAGGCUAAGGUCACGCACAGACAUUUGACAGAACCGGCAUAGAUGGCUCCUCUCUGCCCCUCCCUCUAUUUUCAACGCUCAGAGCACCCAUUUGGUAGCAGUUCACGAGCAGGAGGAGUUCAAGCAGCGCGCCGAAGCCGUAGGCCAACACGGGCAUGGUGCAGAAGACAGCACAUCAGCAGAAAUUCGUCUUCGUGUGUCUGUGUGUUUUGUGUGUGGUAAAUUGCAGCACCAGCGUCUGUCGAAGGAUCUGUACCGGCAGGUGUCGGAGCUGGAGGCACGCAACGAAGACCUCACCAACAUGCUACAGGAAAAGGUCGGCUGGGUUGUGCCACACACAUCCAUCAUUGGAUCCAUCCAUCCCUCUGUGUGUGUGUGUCAUUCAUACUUGUCUUCAUUCAUGUGUGUGACUGUGUGAUUGGAUUGCGGGUGCAGUUGCAGCAGGGUCUGUGUGUGGUGUGCAUGGAGCGUCAGUCCAACGCCAUCCUCUUCCCGUGCAGGCACGUCAACCUCUGCCAGGACUGCUGCGUCAGGCUGCACGUACGAGCGUCGCACUACCUAGCCACGGAUCCAUCUGGCACAAACACAUCGGCCUCAUCUCCGUCUUCUUUGUGUGUGUCGUUGGGUUGUGCCCAGACCUGCCCCGUGUGUCGGUCGCACAUCGCUCACCGAUUCCAAGUGAGUCGAGUCAGUGAGAUAGAUGGAUGGAUGGAUGGACACGGAUGAGCCACAAUGGCAAUGAGCAAUGAGCGCCCCCUUGUGUGUGUAUGUCUUGGUGCCAUACAGGUCUUCUUUGCGUAGGCAGGCCUGCCUGCACACAGCUCUAGUGGCAGGGCCCUGCCGUGGCGUGCCCCUCACGGGAAUGAGAGGCAGGCAGACAGGCGCGGGUCGGCGUGUCUGUCUGAACGAAUCCUUUUUGGCGGGUGAUGAUCGAAUGGAUGUGUGGAUUGGAUGUGUGGAUGUACCUACUGGAUCGAAGGGGUGGUGCGUGUGUACUCUCUAUACCUAACUCGUUCUCUAUCAAUGUUAUCAAUGUGUGCUAUAUAAUUGACGCCGAUAGAUACCAUGUUUGAAUGGACUUACCUGUGGAUGGAUGGAUGGAUGAAAGGGUGCUUCAUCGGCCCGUUGGUUGGUUGGUUGGUUGGUUGCCCAUGCCCAUGCCCACGACUGACUGACUGACUGACUCGGGAAGGCGUGAUGUGAUGUGAUGGCUUGCGUCCGCUAUGUUUAUAAAAAUUGCAUACAGACAGACAGCCGUGCUAACUACCUACUACCGACAUACAUACAUACCUUCAGACUGCACUGCCCUGUCUUCUCUCCUCUUGCUUGUGUCUGUCAGUCGUGUGUGAGCGUGCGUAUUUCUAUUAGCUAUACAAUGCAGUGCGCAUUCAUCCGGUAGGGAGGGAGGGAGAGGUGAGACCGGCAUUCGACACACGACACACCCACGACCCCACCUACCCACGGUGCAGUACAGUUCAGUACAGUAAGGACGUUACUACUGGCUCGUCGCCCUCGACGAGACGCACCUGCCUGGUUUUUAUUGCAUUCAUUACCCCAGCCGCCCCGUCUCCCGUCUUUUCUGUGUCAUAGACACCUGUCCACACACACACGCACACACAUGCAGACGCACACACUUGUAACCAUCCACCGUGACUCGAGCCAGUGUGUGUGUGGCUGUACCCUACCCACCCUCCGACAAAGAUCAAUUGCUUGUGCCGCUUGCUUACCUGAUGGUCUUUUGUGUGGUCAAGCGAAUGAAUGGAUGGAUGGAUGGAUCGUGCGACGCAUUUUGGAGUGACUGUCUAGUGCAGUGUGCGCCCCUCACCUCUCCCCCCCUCCCUCCCUUUUCCCCUCCUGCCUGCCUGGCUGCCUGGCUGCGUAGUGUGUGGCUGCUGGCGUUUUCUUGGUCCAGAAGUGUGCGCCUGGCCGGCGGGCGGAUGGGGGUGUGUGUGG